AUGGUUAGUGAUUCGAAGGAAUAUUUGAGUACAUGCGAACCUAUUUAUUUGGGUGGGCGCACAAAUGACCGUCGAUACGCAUCAGUUGGGCAAUUGCCUGAACAUGACGCCGCCAAAAUGCCUCAAAACUCGCUGCGUUGCCGUUUGGCACCGAUUGUGAUCCAGCAGAGCACCUUCAAGUUCUUCCUCCUGGUCGUCUCGAUCAGUCUCGUCAUUUCCAUAUUAUUCAUACAGCUAGUGAACAGGGAGAGCUAUUUGCCGCUCAACGAGAGUCUAGUGGACGAGGCGUUGCAAAAUGUCGCGCGUGACUCCAGGUAUGCUGAGGUGUACAGGAAAAAGGAGCGUCUGUCUAAGGGGCUUAAGUACAUUCUGCUGUGGACACAGAAAGACUACGAGCCGCUGUAUCAGCUGGGCGAGGGGCAGCGGGCGUUCAUCAAGAACAACUGCUCCGCGAUAAAUUGCUACGUCACAGAUGACAGGUACUUCUUCGACGGUGACGUCACCGGGUUCGACGCGGUGGCGUUCAACGGCCGCAACAUUCUGCACAUGAAGAGGCACCAACUGCCGGCGGCCCGUUCCCCCCACCAGAAGUACAUCUACUUCAACAUGGAGUCCGCGGACAAUUAUCCCGUGUGCAGCGAAAUAUUUGACGGGUUCUUCAACUGGACGGCGACGUACAAAUUGGACUCGGACAUACCGUUCCCGUACAUACAGAUCAGGAAUCGCGACGGGGCGGUCGUGGGACCGAAGCGAAAUAUGAAAUGGGCGGACAACCAGCAAGCGCACGAGGAUUGGUCGUUUGCACACAAUAAAAGUAAGGUCGCUGCGUGGUUCGUGUCGCAUUGUUCCAGCAGGAGCGGUAGGAAGGGUCUGGUGUGGAGUUUGCAGAAAGCUUUGCGCGAUUACGGCCUCAGCGUAGACGUAUAUGGGGACUGUGGACCGUUGAAAUGCCCGAGGGAAGCGAAGAAGACCUGUGAAGAUAUGCUGGAGAGGGAUUACUUCUUCUACUUGUCUUUGGAGAAUUCAUUCGCCGAGGACUACGUUACGGAGAAACUCCUGACGGCGCUCCAGCAUGACACGGUGCCGAUUGUGUUCGGUGGCGCGGAUUACUCAAGGUUCUUGCCCCCGGACAGCUACCUGAACGCUAUGACGAUGAGCGUCUCAGACUUAGCGCUGACGAUGGCGCAGCUGACGCUCUCGCAGGAACAGUACAGUCAGUAUUUCCGUUGGAAAUCACUGUACACGUACCACGAUCCGUCCACAUCGGACAACGUGUGCGCUGUCUGCGCGGCCCUGAACGACCCGAGUGUGAUGCGACGGCAGACGCUUUAUGAGGACUUCAGGACUUGGUGGAACCCCAAUUACAGGGAGCGGUGU